UUCUUCCCCAUGGCCCACUUCGUCCUCUUCGUCUUCACGGCCUCCACCAUCUUCCACCUUCAGCAGCGGCUGGUGAGGAUCCAGCCCCCAACCCCGAGCACCCCGAGCACCCCGAGAACCUCGAGCACCCCGAGAACCCCGAGCGCCCCGAGCACCGCGCCCCGGGGCAUGUGGACCAUCAACGCCAUCGGCCGCCUGGGCAACCAGAUGGGCGAGUACGCCACGCUGUACGCCCUGGCCAAGCUGAACGGGCGGCCCGCCUUCAUCCCCGCCGAGAUGCACAGCACGCUGGCCCCCAUCUUCAGGAUCUCCCUGCCGGUGCUGCAGGGCGCCGCGGCCCGCGGGGUGCCCUGGCGGAACUACCCGCUCCACGACUGGAUGGAGGAGCAGUACCGCCACAUCCCCUGGGAGUACGUGCGCCUCACGGGCUACCCCUGCUCCUGGACCUUCUACCACCACCUGCGCCCCGAGAUCCUGCGGGAGUUCACGCUGCACGACCACGUGCGGGCCGGGGCGCAGGCGUACCUGCGCGGGCUGCGCGUGAACGGGAGCCGGCCGGCCACCUUCGUGGGCGUCCACGUGCGCCGCGGCGACUACGUCCACGUCAUGCCCAACGUGUGGAAGGGCGUGGUGGCCGACCGCGCCUACCUGCAGGCGGCCCUGGACCGGUUCCGGGCCCGCCACCCCUCCCCCGUCUUCGUGGUCACCAGCAACGGCAUGGCCUGGUGCCGGGAGAACAUCGACGCGUCCCGGGGCGACGUGGUGUUCGCGGGCGACGGCGUGGAGGGCUCCCCGGCCAAGGACUUCGCGCUGCUCACGCAGUGCAACCACACGGUCAUGACCAUCGGGACCUUCGGGAUCUGGGCCGCCUACCUGGCGGGCGGGGAGACCGUGUACCUGGCCAACUACACCCUGCCCGACUCGCCCUUCCUCAAGCUCUUUAAGCCGGAGGCCGCCUUCCUGCCCGAGUGGUUUGGGAUUGCCGCCGACCUGUCCCCCCUGCGCAAGCACUGA